AGGAAGGUGCGGACCUGGGCACGGAGUACAUUGCAAGGAAAUAUUGUAUGUGAUAUGGUAGAGAGGUUCUGCUGUAACCCGCAAGCAGUGUCUCUUGUGUAGUCGUGUGAGUGUGGCACGCGAUGCUGUCGAAGUUUCAGGAGCAGCUUGCCUUCAUCUGAUGUUCCUUACGGAGACCAAUGUCUUACAUUCUUUCCAGUGUAUAUUUGUGGAGAGCAAAAUAUCUUGCGGCCAAAAUACAAAGAAACACCCAAGUUUCAGACACUGGUUAUAUAACAUCAUGUUGGAGCAGUUUCUUUACAUUGCUGUGUCUAGAGGCCUGGCUGCCUGCUGCGGCCGAGUGUGCUGCCCCCGUGUGGGCGUGACGCGGCCAGGCGGCCCCGCCCCGCCCCCAUCGGUCGCCGGCUGCCGCGGGGUUCGCCGGCUGUCACUGCGCCACCGACGUUGGAGCGAUGUGGGGCUGGGCGAGCGUGGCGCUGACCCUGCUGGCCGCGGCUGGUGCUGCCGUGCCGCCGCCGGCGCCGCCGCGCGACCUCUACGACAGCAAGCACGGUGUGAAGAUGGGCGUCGCCACCGACCGCUGCGACGACGGCCGGACGGCCCUGGCGAUGGACUGGGCCGGCUCGCCCGUGCCCCACACCUGCUUCCUGCCGUACAAGCGGCGGCUGGCCGUGCGCUAUGACCUGCCGCCCGUGAACAGCUGCGUCCACCUGGCCUCCACGUACUACCCGCGCCACAUCUGUAUGAAGCAAAAGAUCGUCUAUAACGAAACCAUUCCUACGUACGGGCCCCACCGACCGCUUUGGGCCGUGUUCGGGGAGUACCUGUACGUGCCACCUCAGCGCUGGCUGCACAACGUCGAGCACGGCUCGGUGAUCAUGCUGUACCAUCCGUGCGCCGACUACGAGGCCGUGGCGGAGCUGCGCCAGCUGGUGCGCGGCUGCAUCCGGAAGCAUGUCAUCACGCCGUACCCGGCCCUCUCGGCAGCGCGCGUGGGUAGCUCACUGCGGCCCGACCGACCGGCUCGCACUCAUCGCGCGCCCUCUGUUUCAUCAUGCCAGGCCGCUGGCGCUGGUGGCCUGGGGCUGCCGGAUGGAGAUGGCGCACGUGGACGCGGCUGCCGUGCGCCAGUUCAUCCGCCAGAGAGCGCUGCACGGGCCCGAGGGAGACUACCCCAAGCAGGGCCAAUACGACUUCAAGCUGCUGCGGCCGGCGGAGCCGCCGCUCGGCUCCAGCAUCAACGACACGGUCCUCUGUCCGACGACGGCCUGAGCUGGUCCCGGCUGGGGCCGCAGGCUGGCGGCGCCCGGAGCCGGAGGCAGGACACCGCCGCCAUGGCACGGUGUCGGGCCACUGUGGUCACCGUUUGUGAUGACCCGGGGUCAUCGGAUUAGGUCACGAGCUUGCGGCUGAAGAUAGCUGUGAGUGGAGCACCGAGGGCGAGGCUGGGGGCACACUGGGGCGGGUCACGGCAGCUGUAAUCUGGAGACGACCCGGGCUCAGGUCACAGUGCUACGAUCUGAGGAGGUCGGCGGUCAGGCUGCAAAUGACCAGAUCGCUUGUCUACAGCGGUCUGAGAUGAGCCAUCUGUGCGCACGCUCCGGGCCCGUGAUGCUGGCGGUAUGUGUUGCUGCGCCGUUACCCGUUCACGGCCGAGGGGAGUCGGGCGUCUGUAGCCGGGCCCCGGUACGGCGGCGUGAUGAGCGCCGGUCUGACCUACCCGCAGGCGGCUGGUUGUGGUGCGGUCACCUGUUAUGCACCCGGUCCGUCGUGACCGGCUGACCUGUGAUGACGCUGCUGUUCCACUGUCGAUCUGUCUACCGUCCAAGCCGGGAUCAACGCGUCUAGUCUCUUCUAUCGUGCCUCUAUUGAGGGCAACCCGUCAUUCCUCACACUAGCACUUGGUGCUUGGCUCUUUGAGAUGGUGGUAUUUUAGCAAGGCAGAGGAUUUGACCUCGCACGCCGAGGGCACAGCGCGUGGUGUUCAUAUUUAGCUAGAAUUGGAGCGCAAUCACUGCAAACCGUGCAGCAGCUUUAAACAACCGGCGAUGACAGUAAGUGUGGGUCCGGAGCUGGGUCCGGUGAAGCUGCAGCUAGCCGGCCCUUUCAGCCGGCAGCCUGCGGAGGCGCUUCUGAGAGCGCUGCGACUGUCGUGACCGGGAGAUGCGUCAUGCCGCCCGAUAUCUUACCGAAGACGGGCGCUGUUUCGUCCUGAUCGGUUCACUGGCGUCAGUGAAACCUCAUUCGUUUCUGGAAUACCUCCCCGAUCUCUCAGCGCGGUGCUCAGAAUGGUUACGAUGCAGCGGCGCCAGAGCCGCACACAUUGCGCGCGUCGCUGCCGUGGUGGCCACCGCGCACGCGCCGUGGUACUUAUGUUGACGAGACAUUGGCGGCCGUCGUCCGAUGAUGAUUGGCCAGCGGUAUCGCCUGCGAAAUAACCUCAUUUUUUGCGGGAGUGUUUUUACAUGUUUCUGGGAACCGGAUGGUUAUUGGCAGCCACAGCCCGCAGCCAGGGUACAUGACGCCGACGUGACCAAAGCCGUGGGGUCUUGCCAUGCCGGCCCUACGGGAUUGUUCUCGUGAGAGAGUGAGGAUUCAAUGGUGACUGGUAGCUUAUUUUUGCAGUAAUGCCUUGUAUCUCGUGUUCUUAAAUAUUGCCCUUUGGUGCAGAAGUCCGUGUAUUUUUAACGGUGUCAGCCUAUCUUGCCUUACUGACUGCUACUUAUCGGUGACUUCCGUUGCCUGUGCAGUGUGCAUGCUCUGUCUCUGGCGAGCGGUGGUGCGGGUGUGGCUGCCCUCCGGCUCGGCAGCAGUCGCUCCCCCAUCGUGCCCAUCACGUCGAGACGUUCUCAUGCGAUGCGGGCGGGUGGUGAGGCCUGCGCCGGCUCUGAGAGAGCGGGACCGGUUUGCCCGCUGCCGUCGCCACCCCUGGUGCAGCAGACCAGGUCACUGUUGCGUCUGGGCUGACUUGUGCCGCUAGUCGUGUACCAUUGUGACACCGGUGUGACGUCCGCUUCGCCUAAUACACGCCAAGGGAUGCGGGAGCG